AUGCAGGACGACGACUCGAUCAACGGCAACCGCUACCUCGCAUUCACCGAGCUGAUCCGGCUGGACGAGGCAGCAGCCACCACGACGUCGGACGGGACGUUCAAAUCCGCGGCUAAAGCGUUCGCGCCGGGUGGAGGCACGUCGGCGUACGGCGGGCACGUGUUCGCGCAGGCGGCAUGGGCGGCGGCGCAGACGGUCAAAGAGGGUUUCGUGCUCCAUAAUGUCACCGGAUACUUCACCUUGCCGGGCAACACGGCCUUUCCGUUCAUCUACACGGUGAGAGUCAUCCGGGACGGCGGGCGGUAUUGCACGCGCACGGUCGAGGUCGUGCAGGAGCACAACAAGACAGGCGUCUGCUUCACGUGCACAUGUUCGUUCAAAAAAGAGGAGGCCGGGGCGGUAGAUUGCCAGGACCAGCUGGAUCUGUGGGAGGAGUACAAGGUAGCCCUGGGCAACCGACGACCGGACGACUGGCCUGAGGCGCCCGGGGUUGAUUCACCAUGGUACUGGGAAGCUUCGGCGCAGGAUGGCAACCGAACGGAUCCGUUCCCGGGACUGUCCUUGCGGAAGGUCGACAUGGAGGCGUACAACGCGCCUCGAAAGCCCCUGGACCGCCGCCAAUUGCAGUUCUACUCGACCAUCGGAAGCAUGCCCCCCGUCUCCCAGGCCGCGAACUUGCAUGCGUGCGCGCACCUGUACGCGAGCGAUCGAAAUGGGUUGUUCGUCAUCCCGAACCAUCUCGGGUGGGGGAACGACUACUCGGCCAUGGCAUCCUUGAGCCACUCGGUAGUGUUUCACGUCGGGUCCAAGGAUCUAGCCAUGGCGGAGCUAGAUGAGAAGGAUGCGAGGGAGUGGUACUGCCAGGAGUCGUGGAUGAGCAGGGUGUCCGGGGGAAGAGGCAUGAUCGAGAGCAGGAUAUGGAAUGGGACCGGCGUCCACAUUGCUAGCACGUAUCAAGAAGGGCUGGUGAGGCUUAACAACAGUGGGCCGAAGCUGCAAGACAAGUUCGGGGCUGGAGCUGUUAGAGAAAAGCUGUAG